AAACAUUGUGCUAAAGUGUCGUCGCAACAGAAUCAACAAUUGUACAGGGACGCUUCCAAGAUACUGGCUGGAAGUGGACCAGCCCGUGACUCCACAGAGGACAUGUCCUCCGCCAAGGAUAGCGACAAGGAUGCCUCACGCAAAAUGAAGCUCCAGAAGCGUCCAGAGUGGAACAACGGUGGCAGCUUAGAAGACUGUAUCUCAAAUGUUUAUGCACUACUUGAAUUGCCAGGCAUUAAAUGGAAAUGUUACCGCACAAAACCAAAUGCUCCACGUGGUGUUGCACUGACUGCUGAUUUUGUACUCAAAGCAUACAGUAAAUGUUUAUUGGACGGAAUUCUUUGCACAUGGAGACGUAAACCAUUACCCCCAACUGAUAACAAAGAAACUCCAAAACUGACGAAUUUUUCAAAUGAUGCUCCAAAAGAGCUCUGGGUAUUUUGGUAUGAUGAUGAGCCAGCAUUGCUUCAGAAAAAUUGUGAAGGAUUGGAUAACGACGAUGAAUUAUCAUCAGCAAAUCAAAUGAAUAUUGUGAGCUACGAAGUACGCACAAUUAUCUUCAAAGCUUUGCACGUUGUUUUGGAAAGAGAUCUUACAAAAGACGGAUUCGUUCGAUUUGGAAGAUGGUUUACAGUUCCAUAUGAUGCACGAGAAAAUUAUCUACAUUUUACGUAUCCAUCACAUUCUCCAGCAAUUCGAUUCAACUUUUUUGUUCAUGGAUCCAGCACGAUAUGUGCUUCUGUUCAAGCACAAAGGCAACCAACUUUGAUAACUUUGGCUAGACGACAUUUGGAGUGCAAAACAAAACGUGUUGUGGUUGUAGUAGGUCCAUGGUCCAUGCGCGGUCAACUUGUUCAAGACCAAAUAGCUCUUCUUGCCGACCCAAAAAUUCAAGAAUCAGCAGAAAAAGAAUGGAAUCAAUGGAAAGAUUAUUUGCAAAUGGAAGAAAAAGAACCAGAAAAUGUGUCAGAAGAAAGGCAAAAAUCUCCAGAUUCGGAUCCACCAGCUCCACCACAAACAACUCGAGUGUUACUUGCAGAUUCAUCUGAUGAAGAGCAAUCACAGAGUUUUGAGGCAAUUGAUGAGUCAAAAAAAGACGAUAUUCCACAGAGAUUACGAUGGAUGUACGAGCCUGAUUACCGUCAAGAAAAAUCAAAAGAAGAGACACCAGAAGAAAAAGAAAAAAGAGAACAAUCAAGAGAAGUGAGGAAACAAAGAAGGAAAUUAAGAGAAGAACGACGAAAAGAGGUUGAAAGGCAACGUACAGAAGUUAAAAAUCCUGAUGAUUAUGAUUCGGAUGUAGUGACAGAUGAAGAUGUUGGAGAGAAGGAAGAAUGUGUGAAUAAUGAUGUGCCGAAAAUGGUUCUUCUUGAUAUUGACGGUGUUCGAUUAUUAUACCCAUCGAAAUUCCUUUGUGUCACAAUUGAUGAGGAUCGGCAAAUGCUUGAGUCAAUUGGUCUGAAGACAAAUCAACAACCACCUGAAUUACAAGCCCAAAAUCGUCGCCCACGUAACAAACUUGUUGUCAACGUUGCGAAUCCAAUUCUAUCUACAAUGGCAGUCUACCAAUACUGUGAAAAUGAACGGUUAAUUUCAAAAGAAAAUGUUCCACAAAAAAGUGCCACUAGUGGGCAGCUCUUGCCCCCACUAAAAGAAAAAUUCUUAAAUUGGAAGUUUACUGCAAAAAAGUAUGGAUGCAGAGGAGAUGUAUCAUGUCGACAUUGUGCUGAAGCUGAAUACCAAGGAGAAUCCGAUGGACAAGUUAUACUAGACGUUGAUCGUCACAAUAGAUUUCUAAAAUAUGGUCCAUAUACGGAAAAUUCGAUUAGAUGGCACAAAAUUCGGAGUCGAAUUCAAAAGAAAUUUGAUUUUCAUGCCUAUCACAAGAAGCAUCCAAUUGGGCCAAUUACACCUAGAAAGGCUGGAGACAGUGUGAAACAGACAAAACAACUGAGUGCGGUCAAACGAAGAAGGAGAGCUCGUCGAGAAAGAGCACAAAAGAAGAGGCGUGACAAAAAACGUCCAACUGGAUCAACUCGAGCUGAUAGCGAAGAUGAUUCAUUUCGAAUGGACAAACUUUCUCAGGAUGAUUGGGCUAAUUUUGAGGGAGAGCACCCAAAGGGAAUCCCUGAAAUUGAAGUUGAUAAGGAUUUUGAACUUCAUAAUGACAUCAAAAUUCCCAAAGUUCCAAAUGAUGACAACUACAAGCCAAAAUCGUUUUUGCCAAUUACAUAUCUCACCAACAAUGUAGAUAAUAAUGACUUUGAGUCAAUGCCUGGAGAUGAUGAUAUGUCUGAAGAGCGUUUCAAUCAGAUAUUCAAAGACAAAUACAAUCGAUGGAAGCCUGGAAUGUCGAGAGCAGAAAAAAUCGAGCACGCUCAUUAUCAAUUUGAUCCAUCAAAUCAAAUGACCGGUUCACCACGAGAAUACCAUUUGAAGGAUUUGCCAAAGAAGAUUCAAAAAUAUGAAUCAAUACUUCCUACACCAAAAGGAAAUAAGUUUUUCAAAGGAAGCAUUUGUCGAAAAGGAUUAAGAGGUUAUGAUGAAAUUUGUGCGGAUCAAGAUGAAAAAGAAAUGAUGAGAAAAGCAAAAUGGUUGAAGAAAGCAAGAAGGAAAGUUAGCAAACAACAGAUAAAGAAGGCGGGGCAGUAUCAUAUUGAUAUGCAGAAACAAAUAGUCAAACGUUCAUUGAAAAGAGCCAUCAGGAAAUUAAAACUAACUACCAAAAAGGAUUCACAAUCGAAAGGAACAAAACAGCAGAAACUCGUUCUAUUAUCAUAUAAAAAGAAGAAAGUCGACGAGAAAAAGUUCCAACAAUACCUGAAAGAAGUGGAAAAUGUUUUAGACAAACUUGAUGUAAACUCAUUUUGUAAGAAAAAUGAGAAAGCUGGAUUUUCGGAGAAAGCAAUACCAAGUGGAUAUAUUAUCCCUGACUAUGAAUCGUCAAUUCACUGCGGGAUGGAAGAAGAAUCUGAUUCUGAGAUAGACGAGCCACGCCAUGGACUUGGAGAAGGAACUUGUGGGCAAUAUCUGGAGGGAGAAUCUGUGGAUCUUGCUGACAUGGAACAUCAUCAUAACGAAUUGCCUAUGGAAGUGACCAGUAUCGGACAUAUCAGAACAGUCGGCGAGCAUAUUGGUCCAGAUGGAAUGUUAUCGCCACCUGCCAGCAACGAAAUGCCAAAAGGAGGACCUCUAUCGGUGGGUCCACCAUCCAUCGAGUCGCAAGGACUCAAUCAGAUCUACCCGACGCCGCCAUCAGUUCAGAUGCUCCUGGGAGAUGCAGCUCAAGCACAUUCUCCUGUUAUGCAUACAAAGUCACGUUACGCGAUGAAUACGUUGGAAGAUGAUGUUGAAAGAAUCGCUGUGCCUGGUGGAGUCGGAAGUCUUGUGGAAAUCGAGGCUGACGAUAUUGAAACAAAGAAUAUGCAAAAGUGGAGCAAACUUUCAAAUCAAUCAAAACUGUCGAAGUUCAUUGCAUUGUCUUGCAAAGAUCCGUUCCUGAAAUCGAAGAAGAAGAAAUAUGAUACACCUGUCACUAGCAAGUUUAAGAUUGAAAAUGAACCUCCAAGUAUGAGCGCAGAGCUGGUGUACGCACCGAUGGUCACUCGCAACUUCUACUCGGCGCCGCAUCGAACAUUUGGUACCUUGGCUCAGAAAGUGGUUGACAAACGACCUUCUCAAUUUGCAAUCCCUUCAACAUCAACAGCAGCUCAUCCUGGAUUGACUACACCUAUGGCAUCAAUUUUCCAAUCACCCACAAUGCCACCUCCACAUACCCCAUCACCUUUUUCUGCUGGUCCAAUGAGUCAUCAUCCAAUGGGACCACCUGCGUAUCCAGGAACUCCUGGCUCAUUUCCACCAACAACGCCAACAUAUCCUGGAAUGACACCACGACCAGGGCCAAACUUUGGACCUCCUGGUCCAGUCUAUCCAAACUCUCAACAAAUGAUGGGCCCGGGUGGAUAUCCACCACAAAUGGGUAUGAUAAACUCUCAACGGCAUUUCCAAAAUCAGCAGAUGUAUCAACAGCAAAUGGUGAGAAUGCAGCAAAUGCGCCAGAUGGGUGGACCUCCAGGGUAUGGUGCACCUGGUGUAUCUCCUUAUCAACAGGUUAACGCAAUUACAAGUCCAGCAGGAUUUGGAAUGCCACCCAACGGUCCGUCUUCUGUUCAAAGGCUUAACAAUUUUGUUAAUCAAUCACAAUUCGGCCCGAACAAUGGUCAUCCAACACCACCGUACGGUUAUAUGCAACAAAUGAUUCCACAAUCACCAAACUUCAAUCAACAGUACAAUGGAAUGGGAAAUCAACUAAUGAGUCCAAUACAUCAACACCAAUUCCAUCAGCAACAAAUGGUUCAGCAGCAGCAGCAACAACAAAUGCAGAUGCAUAGACAACAGAUGCAGAUGCAAAAUCAAAAUAUGUCCCAACCGUUCCAACCACCAACUGCUCAAAUGUUACAAAUGCAGCAAAAUGAGCAAAUGAGAAUAGCCUUUUCGACAUUGUCAGAACGUGAUAAGGCUAAAUUCCAAAAACGACAAGGUCAACUGAGGAGUGGAAUUAUGCCCAAAUCACUACAGCCAGCAGUUCUAAAGAAUCUGAAAAAUCCACCUGAUGCUAACAUUCCAUAUAUGAAACAGGAUGCAUUAUUUCGACCCCCAGAAUCGAAUUCACUUCAAGGAGAGAGUCUUACAAUUGCAAUUGUUCUCUCGGAUACACUUCUUGAUUUACAUUUUGAUUCUGUGUUUGAUGCUUGCCCAAUCUGUUCUUGUUCAGUUUCAAUUCGUUCUCGAGAUAUUGGAAUGUACAUCACUCCACAUACAGUCCUCUACUCCACAGAACGUGGACAUACAAAUAUGAGAGAACACACUACUGGACCAUGGAGUGGUUUCAAUGUCAAUUCGGCAACUAAUUGUACUUGUGGAUUUAGUGCAAUUCGACACCGCUAUCUGUCUUGCUGUUCUGGCCUUUUUGAAGAAGAUGCUGAUGAAGCAACAGCUUCAGAGCAUGCAGUGGCACCAGUCAUUCCUCCUUUGGAUUAUCCGAAAAAAUCAACUGCACGGGAUAUGUCUUGGUUCGAUUCAAAAUCAGUUCACGACCUGGCUCUUCUUGAUCAAAUCCGACAAAUGGCUUUCUCGAACAGUCUUGGAAAAGCGGUUUCACAUAUGGCAACGAUCAAAGAACACAAUAGAAAUCUUGCGAUUGCUGUUGAUCUUGGCAAUGAUGUUACUGUUCCCUCCGAAUAUAUCCUUUCUCAUGUCGAUGCUUUGGAACUUCUGAUGUUGGGAAAUUCGGUUCUGGGUCCAAUGAAAAACACAAGUAUUGCUAAUCAAGUUGCAUCUCACAAUAAGUUCCUUGGAUUUUUCCAUCCAUGGGGAAUUCAAAUUGCAAAUGGAAUGACUGAACUUGAAGCAUCGGAAUGGGUUGACUUGCUUGGCGUUGUAACCCCAACAUUGGAAGGUUCAAUGAAACAAGCAAGACACAUACCUGCAGAAACUCCAUUUGAACUUGAUGGUCCAAUGACGUGGAAACAAAUUGUCACCAAGAGUAACAGAGGAAAACCUCCAGCAGAUGAUGAAGAAGAUUUUUCUCUACCUGAACCAGUUCCUGCAAUAAUGAGAGCAUUGACAAAGGAAGCAAUUCGAGCUGCUCCAAACAUUGAACAAUACUACGAACAAGCAGGAUUAGGACCAGUGGAUCAGCCAAAAGAUGUCAUGUACAUUACAGUUAUUCCAGACGAUGAUGACAUUUAUUCACGAACUGUCGAAUUCAUGGAUACUUUGACACGUACUUAUGAAAAAAUGAGACUAGGACGUCAUAUUCCAUUCCCUGUCUCAACUGGUACAGCAACUCGUUUCCGCGAAGCAUUCAAGUCAUGUCAAUCUCAAUUCCCAUUCCAAGAGCAACAACACUUGGCAUACACAAAUCAAACACUUCGAAAUAUGCCUCAAACAUUGGCUGAUACUCCAGACCCGGUGAACAGCGAUCCAAAAGUUUGGUCGAGGCGAGCGAAGAGAAAGUUGGAUUUUGAAGAAGAACUGAAACUCCCUGAAGCUGGCUCAGAAACUAUUGAUGAAUCCGAUGAUGACGAAGAAAACGAAGAAGUUUCAAAAGAAGAGAACAACGAGCUCAUUGAUUCAGAAGACGUUAUGGACGAGGUUCCAAAAGGUUUCUACGAACGGGAAGGAAUUUUGCGUGUUGGGGCUCCAAUGGAGCCGUCAAGAAGUCCGCAUACUGUAACAAACACUCCUGAAUUUGACAACAUGACAAAAUAUCUGAGUGAUGAGAAUGGAUUUGUGAGCAGACUUCGGCUUUAUUUACAACAAAUGGAGGAUCUAGUUCAUUUUGCAUUGAGUGAGAAUCCAGAAGCGUUUGAUAGAAGAGGGUAUCGAUAUCAAUUAGCAGUUGAAGGAAGACUCAAGAGACAGAAACAUAAAAUGGAUAUCAUAGAAGAACGUCUCAGAUUUGAAGCUUCGAAAGACUUUGAUGAACAAAGUGAUCGUAAGGAACCUCUUGAAGAAAAUGAUCCUGAGAUAACUCCUGGAAUAGUAAUAAGUAACAAUCCGGUUGAAUCUUGGAUUGAUGAUGAACUAGAAGAGAAACGUCAGCAGCGGCAGAAGGAAAAUGAACAGUACCCACCAGAAGCUCAACAAGCACCAUCUCCAGUACCUGCGGGAAUGAUUCAUAUUCCUGAAACAUUAUCCAAAGAGGAAAGAGCCGUUCAACCAACUCUUGAAAUGAUCUUAGCCGAUCCAGCAACUGUCGCUCCUAUCAAUGCUCAAAAUAUUGUUUGGAAACAGCGCGACACUCGAGUUCCAAACCCAUUCCCCUCAUCGAAUCAGCCACCUGUCGCAUUUGAAGCUGCUGGAUCUCCAGACACGGAUGCUUAUUCAACCCUUCCACACGUUAUCGUCGUCUACGUGGUUAAUCCGUUUUCAUACGGACCAGAAGGACAUUCAGCAUUGCAUAUGAGAAUAGCCAUUCUUGCAUUCAUUCGGGCAUUCAAUUCGAUUAUGUGCAAAAUUCCUUACGAAAAACGUCCUCAACUUCAGCUGGAAAUCGUUGGAAUGGAAGGCAUGGAUAAUGUUGCAAAGCCGAUUCCAGAUUACUUCAAUGAUGCCAAGAUUCCAUUCGAUUUACUCAAUGAUCGUCCGAUUCGAGUCGAACGACCUGGAGAGUCUGUUCAAGGAGAGCUAGCUCGGUCUUUAUCAAUUGCUGUAUACACCCAUCCACGUGUAUUCUUCCCGGAUGUCUACAAGUCUGCUUCAGCAAGAUGUAUGACAGCAUUUGGUCCUGGAAGUCAGCUGAUGAAUACAAUCAACAAAAUUGAGGCGCUAAACAAGGACUCAUUUGCUCGAAUGGCAAAACGAUCAAAGACUACACUGGACACCAUGGACAUGUACCGACAUCCAGGAAUGAUUCAAGCACAGCAGUCGACAGAAAAGAAAAACUAUAUUGCUUAUCGAGUUCCAUCGAACAUCGCUGUUCUUGCACCUCCACCAAUGGUAUAUCAAAUGGAUGAAAAAGGAAAAGCGAUAAUGAAUCAACUGGAUGAGCAAACUCUUUUCAUCUCAUAUUGCCUUGUUGGUACUGAUUUCCUUGUAGCUACAGCAACUGAUGCUCAAGGAAAACUGAUUGAUAACUGUAUUUCGAAUAUCAAACCAAGACGCCAGAGCAAUCAGGUGUAUCGAUACAGAAAUAAGACACAAAUCCUAGAUGGAAUGGGAAAACUUUGGUCAUUUAUUCUUGGAAUCAUGGCUUCGGAAACUAAAAAUUGGAGACUUGUUGUUGGAAGACUCGGACGCAUCGGACAUGGAGAGUUCAGAGCCUGGACUCAUCUUCUCAAUAAAACUUCUCUUCUUCGUUAUUCGGGAAGUUUGAAGGAUAUUUGUGGUGCCUGUAGAAGCAUGCCUUCAGUCAUUGGAACUCCAGCUAUUCUCUCAGCAUGUCUCAUUACUCUUGAGCCUGAACCAAGUAUUCGAAUCAUGCCAGAGUUCCAUGAUCAGGAAUUGUCAACAAAGAAGAGCUUUCUAUUCCAAACUCCUGGAGAUUUAUCAUGCACUCACAUUCUCACUUUCCCAGUUGGAACCGAGAUUAACCUAGAAGUUCAAGACCAAACUGCGGAUACCAAAGCAGAUGAAAAUUGGGAGUUCGGAGAUCUUGACAUCAUGGAAGGUCUUGAUGAUGGAGAUACUGAAAUCAUGAAAGAUCUUGGACUGGAAACUCCAAGCAGUGCUGCAAUUCGACAGACUGGCGGACCUUCAAUGUUUUUCAGCGAAGAUUCGUCUUCCAUUGAAAUUCAAAAUCAACCUCUUGCAUCUGGAUACUACAUCUCCACAGCACCGGCUCCCGAACUUCCAGCAUGGUUCUGGGCAACAUGUCCAUCUGCAAAACGUCAUUCUCCUGUUCAUCUGAAAUCCUCGUUACAUAUUCAUAUCAGUGAAGUAAAGAACGACGAUAUUGCAAUGGAAUCUACAAAAGAAAAAGAAAAGGACAAGGAAAAAGAUGAAAAAGAUGCUCAUCCAUUGGAAUCUCGACAAACUGAGGAAGUGCUUCGACAUGUACUCGAGUCGUAUAAUGCUCUCUCGUGGCUCAAUCUCAAUCGACAAACUGGUGACCGUUACAGUUGUCUGCCAAUUCACAUUCAACAUCUUCUGAGACUCUACCACAGUGUGGCUCGUCUACUUGCCUAGGCAUAUCGUGAAUCAAAUUUUCAAAUGUACCCAUGUAUUCAAAUAAUCGAACAAUUCUCUCCGGUUUCUCACAUAUAGAAUCUCAUUCCCUCUCCCACCUCCUUUCCUCCAAUUUUGGCCAAACUCACAAACGAAAUGUUUCACAGAAUGAUCUACAACACUCAGUCCAAAUAUGAUCGUGUUUCUAUCUCACUUGCAUUUAAACUAUUUUUCACUUUUUCAUUAACUUUCAUUGUUUUAUUGUUUCAAACCUUUUUCAAUAUAUUGUUAACCUGUUAUCAAAUAUCUCAAUCUCUAGAACGCUAACCAGUCGUAUUUCCUUGUUUGUUCGUUCAUCUAGAAUCACAGAAUAGACGUGUGUUUGUGGGUUUCAGCUCUCUUUCCCUGUCCCCUUCUCAAUAUUCGGGUUUCAAUACGUAUAUUAUUGUACUUUGUCUGGCUGACCAACCGCUCUCAGCUGUGCACUCAAACCUCAUCUACCCAUAAUCUUUGUUUUCAUUAAGAAUUAUGUUUAUAUAUGUACUUGAAUUUAAUGGUAAUUCAACCUCUUUUCUUAUAAAUUUCCUGUUCUAUGAACGAUUUUUCAU